GGUGGUCCAGAGAUGGAGCCAAAGUCCCUUCCUGCUCCUCCUACAGGCCACUGCUUAUUUCAGAACGGAGGGUCGUCCGUGUAGCAGAAAACGGAAGGGACACUGAAUAGCUAGCUAUAAAGGCACCUGAACCCUCAUAUCUUGAGUAUCAUAAACAAGCCAAAGGAAAUCAAUCAAACGGUCACAAUGAAGCUUUCCAACGCCCUCCUCACCCUGGCUAGCCUGGCGCUGGCCAACGUCUCCACGGCUCUGCCGAAAGCCUCUCCUGCACCGAGCACCAGCAGCAGUGCUGCCUCCACCUCCUUCGCCAGCACCUCCGGCCUCCAAUUCACCAUUGAUGGCGAAACUGGCUACUUCGCCGGAACGAACAGCUACUGGAUCGGUUUUCUCACUGACAACGCGGACGUCGACCUCGUCAUGGGCCACCUGAAGUCGUCCGGCCUCAAGAUCCUCCGCGUGUGGGGCUUCAACGAUGUCACCUCGCAGCCCUCUUCCGGCACAGUCUGGUACCAACUGCACGAGAACGGCAAAUCGACAAUCAACACGGGUGCCGACGGUCUCCAGCGCCUCGACUACGUCGUCUCGUCUGCCGAACAGCACGACAUCAAACUCAUCAUCAACUUCGUCAACUACUGGACCGAUUACGGUGGUAUGUCUGCGUACGUGAGCGCGUAUGGCGGAUCCGGCGAGACGGAUUUCUAUACCAGUGAUACCAUGCAGAGUGCCUAUCAGACAUAUAUCAAGACGGUCGUGGAGCGGUACAGUAACUCCUCGGCGGUGUUUGCGUGGGAGUUGGCGAAUGAGCCGAGAUGUCCGAGUUGCGAUACUUCUGUGUUGUAUAACUGGAUUGAGAAGACGAGUAAGUUUAUUAAGGGGUUGGAUGCGGAUCGUAUGGUUUGUAUUGGUGAUGAGGGCUUCGGUCUCAACAUCGACUCGGACGGCAGCUACCCUUACCAAUUCUCUGAGGGCUUGAACUUUACGAUGAACCUCGGUAUCGAUACUAUUGACUUUGGUACCCUUCACUUGUACCCUGACAGCUGGGGCACCUCCGACGACUGGGGCAACGGCUGGAUCACCGCCCACGGCGCAGCCUGCAAAGCCGCCGGCAAGCCAUGUCUCCUGGAGGAAUACGGAGUCACCUCGAACCACUGCAGUGUGGAGGGCUCGUGGCAGAAGACGGCGCUCAGCACAACGGGCGUCGGCGCGGAUUUGUUCUGGCAGUAUGGUGAUGAUUUGAGUACCGGGAAGUCGCCGGAUGAUGGGAAUACUAUCUACUAUGGGACUAGUGAUUAUCAGUGCCUGGUGACGGAUCAUGUUGCUGCUAUUGGUAGUGCUUGAGGGGAAUACUGAGACUGAGCUGUGGUAGAAGAGAUGUGUGUUUGUUGGUGAUUUGAGAAUGUAUGUACAAAAGGGAGGAAGCGGUGAAUGAGAGUUGUUCGUUGAGUCUGGUAAAAAAUUGGACAGUCAAACCAUUAGCCAAGACCAGCUAAGAUACUGG